AUGACAGUCACCAAUGGGGUUGGACCGGCCGGGGUCGCCGAGCCCCGAUCCAGCGGCAUUGAGGUGAUCAUUGUGGGGCUGGGCAUCGCGGGACUGGUGGCUGCCAUCGAGUGCCAUUACAAGGGCCAUACGGUGAUCGGGCUGGAGAAGAGUCCCGAGGUUCGUGUUUUAGGGGAUAGCAUCGCCCUGGGAAGCAAUGCGACCAAGGUACUGCAGGCCUGGGAGCAAGGUCAAGUGUACAGACAGCUCGUCACGCAAUCGGACGAUGUGGCCGCCUUGGAGGUCCUUGAUCCUGCGGGGAAACUGUAUGCCCUGGAUGCGAUGGAUAGCUACGGCGUCGGGGAGGGGAUGAUCAUCCACCGGGGCACGCUCAUCACCGGGCUGUAUCGCCAUGCCACCUCCUUAGGGAUUGAAUUACGGUUCGGGGCAGCGGUCACCGCAUACUGGGAGUCGGAGGACGGCGAGCAGGCGGGCGUGACCGUGAACGGAGAGCAGAACAUCUCCGCCGACUGUGUUAUAGGCGCCGAUGGCGUGCACAGUAGGACCCGAGAUUUUGUGCUCGGGUAUCGCAUUCCCACGCAAAAGUCUGGGCUGGCCGCGUAUCGGUCAUGCUUCAGUGCAAAACUCGUGGCGGGGGAUCCGGAUGCCGCAUGGAUCUUGAAGGAGGAGGGCGAGCGAGAUCGCAUGCGAAGUUAUAUCGCGAACAGAGGCCUGGGACUGACCCUGGCCACGGGGAAACGGGGUCAGAAUGUGGUCUGGCAGGUUUGGCACCGAAACGAGACGCAGUCGGCCGAAACCUGGGAGACAACCAGCAAAGCUCGUGUGGAGGAUGCCCUGGCCCUCUUGCAGGACUGGCCAAUCUACUCGAAGGUUGCCGCCGUCCUCCGGCAUACCCCAGACGAGAUGCUGGCGGACUAUAAUAUCAUCGUCCGUGAUCCGCUGCCGCGUUGGAUCUCCAGUGGCGGACGCAUCAUGAUCCUCGGCGAUGCCGCCCACGUCAUGUCCCCAAUGGUGGGCCAAGGGGGUGGGCAGUCGAUUGAGGAUGCGGCGACGCUGGCCAUCUGUCUGGAGCUGGCGGGCAAGUCGCGCGUGCGCCUGGGUCUGCAGGCCGUCCAGGAUCUCCGAUACCAGCGGACACGCCUCAUCCAGGAAAGUGGGAAUGCCAUCUACGAGCAGUGGCGCGAUCCCGACUGGGAGGCCAUCGAGAAGAAUCCGGCGAUAAUCAAACUCCCCCGCCCUGAGUGGAUCUUCGGGUAUGAUGUUCACCAAGAUGUGUACAAGGAGUUUCCGGCGGUCCAACGGGCAAUUCAGGAUGGGAGCACGUACCGACCCCGCAAUGUCCCAGAAGACGGUGAAUACCAGAGUGCGUAUGACUCCAAGGCGAGUGCCAUACCGUAG